AACUGACUACACCAUAGAAACAUCGAAGUUUUUUUAAUAGAGAAUUGGAAUCUUGAAACCCUUUAAUGAAAAUAUUGACAUUAAUAUUACUCAAUGGCUUCUUAAGUCAAGCGAGUGCACAAAUAUUUGGAAAAUGCUACACGCCAGAUCAAUAUCGUGGUGAUUGUGUUUACUUCAAGUCAUGUCCAUCGUUAUUGGAAAUUUAUAAUAGAAGGCCGCCAUCUAAUCAGGAUCGUUUAUUUUUGAGUUUGAGCCAAUGUGGCUACCGUGAUGGGCAGCCGUUGGUUUGUUGUCGUAACUUCCCAGAAUCCACGACACUUCCACCCCCACCACCGCCAACUGCACCGACACAGAAACUAAGCCCUCUUCCAUUACCGGGAGAAUGUGGAAUAGACGCUGAAAAUCGUAUUUACGGAGGUAAUCAAACAAAUGUCGACGAGUAUCCAUGGAUGGCUUUGUUGGAAUAUUCUAAACCAAACAAUAGGAGAGGAUUCCAUUGUGGUGGUGUUUUGGUAACAAGCCGCUAUGUUCUAACAGCAUCACAUUGCGUGAAUGGUAAAGAUUUGCCAUCGACAUGGUCAUUGACUGGGGUUCGUUUAGGUGAAUGGGAUACAUCAACAGAAAUUGAUUGUGACGAAUCUUUUGUAAAUGAAAGAGUUUGCAACGAUCCACCAGUUGACGUUGCUAUCGAAGAAAAACUUCCACAUCCAAAUUACGAUCCUUUUGCUUCAAAUCAACACAAUGAUAUUGCCCUUCUAAGAUUAAUUCAAAACGUUCCUUUCUCUAUUUACGUGAGACCAAUCUGCUUGCCUGUUGAUUCAAGUAUUCGGAACAAAGAUUUUGUAAAACAAACAUUAAGUGUUGCUGGAUGGGGUAAAACUGAAAAAGUUUCAGCCUCAAAUUUGAAAUUGAAAGUAAAUGUUGAUGGAGUAUCGAACGAUGAUUGUCAAAGAGUUUAUAGCAGUGAAAAUCGUCAAAUUGUUGAUUCUCAAGUUUGUGCUGGAGGAAAAAAAGGUUUUGACAGUUGUCGAGGUGAUUCUGGAGGGCCAUUAAUGAGACAAAAUGAAAGAGGAACGCCACCUUAUUGGUAUCUUGUAGGUUUGGUAUCAUAUGGACCUUCUCCCUGCGGAAUGGAAGGAUGGCCUGGUGUUUAUACGAGAGUUUCAAAUUACAUCGAUUGGAUUGAACAAACCAUCAAGCCAUAAACUGAAUCUGCAUGUACAUAAAAUCAAUAAAAAUGAAAUCAUUUGAUACAAACUAAAUUUACCAAUAAAAUCUUACUUUUUUUAAUUACAAGUACACAUAAACCUAUGCUGGAGAAAAUUAUCAAUUCACAUGAUUGAUAAUCAAUUGCUUUGAUGAAUAUUUUUUUCUGGUUUAUAUGUUUCGCUUUUAUGUUUCGUCAUGGAUAUUACAUAUAUAUUCAAAGUAAUAAUAUUUAAAUAUCAUUAGAAGCAUAAAAAUAUAGAUUUAGAUUUCAGUUUUAAACGCC